ACAAAAAUGGCGACGAGGGCUCGAAAGGCCAGUCAGUAAAAAAAGAGAUUUUUAUUUUUUCCGAAUUUUUUAAUUUAAAUUAACAAUUAAAAAGAGUUUAAAUAAAUAACAAAUUAUUUUUAAAAUGGACAACCGAUCAUCUGGGCCUUAUUUCGUUGAAUUAAUUUAUCGGAACGUUCCUGCCCUGAAACAAUCCUCAUUCCGGAAUGUGUACAAAUAUUUUGUACUGUUUUUAACAUUUGUUAUCUAUGUUACCUACCACCUAUCUCGAAAACCGUUAAGUGUUGUUAAGAAUCAGUUAAGCCCAUGUAGUGAUGUAAAUAUAACCUCCCAAAAUUGUACUGGCGGAUGGGAACCUUUUAAUGGCUCUGAUGGCAAAGAAAUGCUAGGAGCACUGGAUUCAUGCUACUUGUUUACAUAUGCCUUUUUCAUGUUUAUAAGCGGCCACAUAGCAGAAAGGAUGAACUUGAGAUACUUUCUAUUUUUUGGUAUGCUACUCAGUGGUAUCAGCACGUCCCUAUUUGGGUUCGGUAGAAUCUGGGCAAUACAUAAUUUUUGGUAUUUCGCCGUUGUACAGGUGUUUUUGGGUAUUGUUCAGUCGUCUGGUUGGCCACCUGUUGUUGCUUGUGUUGCAAACUGGUUUGGAAAGGGAAAGCGGGGUUUCAUAAUGGGAAUUUGGAAUUCGCACACUUCGGUGGGGAACAUCCUGGGGUCCGUGAUAGCCGGCGUGAUGGUGAACGUCGAUUGGGCAUGGUCGUUCAUCAUUCCUGGAUUGAUAAUUCUCGGCAUGGGAUGCGUCGUCUUCCUUCUGUUAAUCCCUCAUCCCCACGACUUACAACCGAACACGAAUUACUCUGCCCUCAUUGACCCCGAUCAUCAGGAAGCUGAUAAUGGUGAUAAUAAUAGAUACCAAGAUGAACGAGUUAGGCUGAUAAACGAUGACGAAAUAGACACAACAAAUGAUGCCAUAAAUAUCAACCAGUCACAGGCCAGUCUUGAACAAGAGGGCGGGGUUUCAGAGGGUGAUGGCGAGCCAAUAGGAUUUUUUAAAGCUAUUUUAAUUCCUGGUGUCAUAGAGUUCUCAUUAUGUUUGUUCUUUGCAAAGCUUGUUAGUUACACAUUCCUCUUCUGGCUGCCGUAUUAUAUUUCAAAAACUGGAAACUACGACCCAACUCAAGCUGCUGACAUGUCAGCCCUAUUUGAUGUCGGAGGUAUAUUAGGUGGUGUGGUAGCAGGCAUUGUGUCUGAUUAUCAUGGUGGUCGAGCUCUGACUUGCAUGGUGAUGUUGCUCAUUGCGGCCCCAUCUAUGUUUAUUUAUUACAUCUUUGGGGGCGUAUCUUUUGGACUGAGUGUCUUCCUCCUCAUGGUCUGUGGAUUCUUCGUGAACGGCCCCUACAGCCUCAUCACCACGGCAGUGUCAGCCGAUCUUGGCACCCACCCAAGCCUCAAGGGGGACUCCAAGGCCCUCUCAACCGUUACAGCCAUCAUCGACGGUACGGGGUCCAUAGGGGCGGCCUUGGGCCCACUUAUAACUGGCCUACUCUCUUCCUAUGGCUGGGACUACGUCUUCUACAUGUUAAUCAUUUCUGACGUCAUCGCACUGCUGUUCUUGAUGAGGCUGUCAUACAAAGAAACGAGAGCAAUUAAAUGGAGAAGGUUGUUCCGAUGCUGUAUCGAUAACGAUGAAUCCAGCCGAAGAUUAAUUAGUUAAUUAAUUAGUUUAUUAGUUAAUUGAAUGAUUGGAUGAUUAAUUUAUUGAUUAUUAGUAGGAUAGGUUAUAAAUUAUUGUUGGCAUUUUAUAACUCAUAUAUUUUUUUUAUAUAUUCUAUUUACUCUAUAUACUAACUUAUACAUUAUAUAUAUAUAUAUAUAUAUAUAUAUAUAUAUACAUAAAUAUACAUACAUAUUAUAUUAAGCAUAUGAUGAUGAUUGUAGUAGUGAUUACUAAAACGUUAUUGAUGAUUUUAUUACUUACGAUAAAUUUAGUGACGUUUUUUCGAAUGAAAAGUUAAUUCUUGCUGAAAAUAGAUAAAAUCUUUCUCUCUCUCUUUCUCUUUCUCUCUACUUCCUUUUUUAUGUACAUAUAUAUUUAUGUAUAUAUAUAUAUAUAUUUGAUUAUUUAUAAUUUCAAUAAAUUGAACAAUUCC